AUGCUACUGGUGAUCACCCAAAGAUAUUGUGAUCGUUCUGGAAAUCUUAUGUGGGGAUAUGAAGCUGAUAAGAAGAUGUGGAUUGUGAAGAGAAAGAUCAGAAGCAUUGAGUACUAUGUGAAGAAGAUUGACUUUGUGUCUUGGACAAAAGUUGAUCUUGCAGAGCUGGUCAAGGGUCUUAUUGAUCCAUGCACCACCAAGAUUGUGGUGAAUGUUAUGUGGCCACCUACAAAUAAAGCGAAAAAGAUCCCUAUCACUCAACGUGUACCUGAUGGCUCUUUGAAUGACUUACUAUAUUGGGUAUAUGACGAGGCGACAACGACUAUCGUAAUCAAGAUGAAAAAGGAUCAGAUUCGUCUUGUUGAUCCUAGGGAUUUGCUGAAAUUUGACGGGCAUGAUAUUCAUACUUUAUCCAAGCAUCAACUUAUGGUGGAAAAUGAAAUGUUUGAAGCUGCAACAAAGGCUUUCACUGGCAUGAUUGUGACAUUCAUUGAUAAGAGGCUAUUGGCAGGAGCAUUGGCAGAUUAUGAUGUUCAUCUUGUGGAGAAGCUGUAA